GAAAACUAACGAACUCGCCCACAAUGCGGUUUUAAAAACGAUUAAUUUCUAGUGGAUUGUAUAAAUUUAAAGCACGUUGAUGUGAUAAACACGUUUCGCUUGGACACUACAAAACUUAGCAAACAUCUGAUGGAUUCCGAAAAUGACAGAUCGUACUGAUGAAGACCUGGAAUUUUGUGACGAAGAAAGUCUGGCUUCCAGUGUGGACUCCUCAACAGAAGAGAUGUUUCUUGAUGGUCUGGACCCUUUUUAUGAUCGACCUCUUAUAACUGAGACUGAUUCACCAGAGAACAGCCGGAAUUCAGAAUCCGUAGAACAAAGAAAACUGAGAAAACGACCCCAUGUGUCAACCACAUCCACUUCUCCCAAAGGUGGUAACAUAAAAAAUAUGAGGACAAGCCAGUCUGUACAUGAUGUAUCAACCGAAAGGUGGCAUAGCGCAAAUGAACCAGAUGUGGAACCACCCUCUCCAGUGUUCACACCAAUUCAAACACCUGGACCAAAGUUUGUACUGGAUUCAUGCAUCACACCUCUGCAGUUUUUUAAACUUUUCUUCUCAAAAUCACUCAUGCAGACUAUCGUUGGACACACAAAUGUCUAUGGAACCAAAUGCGGAGACAAAAUAUGCAAACGGUGGUUUAACAUUUCUCUCAAAGACUUUAUGUCGUUCAUAGCGCUGGUCAUUUACAUGGGUCUGUUUAAGUGCUUCUCUCUAAAAGACUAUUGGAGUGAGUCGCAAUACUUCAGUAUGACCUUUCCUAAAAAAGUCAUGUCGUAUCGGAAUUUUCUGAGAGUCUCCAAUGCAUUUCAUUUAAGCAAUACCAGCGAGGAUGAGAAAAAUGAAACGAAGAAGGGAACAUCAGGCUACGAUAAGCUGGAUAAAAUUCAACUGCUGUAUCAAUCCAUUCGGGAAGCCUGCAGGAAAUAUUUUCACCCUUUUCAGAACAUCACGAUUGAUGAAAGAAUGGUGACAUCACAGGAUAGAGCUGAAUUCAAAGAAUGCUUGAAAAGCAAGUCUGCGAGUCGGGGUUGCAAACUGUUCGCACUCUCAGAUUGCACUACGGGAUAUACGUGGGACUGCUUGAUUCACGAUGGAAAGCCUAGAGCAUCGCAGAGCGGGGGGCUUGGCUACGAUUCAGUAAUGGCACUAGUGGAUGAAAAUUUCUUGGGUGAUGGCUACAAGCUGUUUGUAGACAAAUUUUACACCAGCCCUGUUCUCUUUAGAGACCUCCGGCAUAAAAAUAUUUGGGCUUGUGGUCCUAUUUGGGCAAACAGAACCGGUUUUCCACAAACGUCUGUCAAUAAACUGUCAAGAAAUGCUCCACGCGGUACCAUACGUUGGAUUAGAGACAAUAAGCUGCUGUUUGUUGAGUGGAACGAUGCAUGUGAAGUGCAAAUGUGCUCCUCUUUCCACAAAGCCAGUGGCGAAGACACUGUACAGAGGAAGGUAAAGGAUAGGGACGGAAAGCGGAACCCUGUGGAUAUCCCCAUUCCAGAUGCGGUGUUAGACUACAAGAGGACUAUGGGGCCAGUGGAUCCAUCAAGUCGCAUUACUGCACAUUACAGAAUGCUCCACAAACCGAAAAAGUGGUAUCAGUGUUUCUUUUAUCAUUUUUUGGACAUCGCCGUAGAGAAUGCAUUCAUUUUACAUCAACUGGUGACAAAGGAGAGAAACCAAAACGUUCUGACCCGAAAGGCCUUUCUUGAGACGCUUGUUGAAGAGCUUACAGAAAUUGGUUCUGGAACUUACUUCGCCCCAGUUUCCUCAUCUCCUUCUCCGUCUUCCAAUGCUUCUCGCUCGACCCCUUUUUCCUCUCCCUACUCGGAUACUACUGGUGUAUUACACAGGCCGAAGCACAUUUCAGAGGACAGGACUAUUGGUAGACGGAGAUGCAAACAUUGCCACCUGAAAACUCCAAUCGUAUGCGUGACCUGUAAUGUGUCCUUGUGCUUUCAACCCACGCGUGACUGUUUCAAUGAAUGGCAUGAUCUACAAAUUGUAUGAUUUAAAGCUAUAGUACGUUUUAACAAAUUUGCAAUGUUAAUUAAAGCUUCUUUCACUGUUCAAAAAUUCCAGUUAAUUUACAAUAAUUUGUAAAAUGCGUUGUGUUGACCAUGUAUAUUAAGAUGAAAGGAAGAUCAUAUUCAUGAUUUGAUUGUCUUUGGUUUAAAGGGCAUUUCUACAACAAGAUGUAUGCUUGAUUAUUAAAUGAGGUACCAAAUAUAAGUAGUUCUGAAUGAAAGUGGUUCCUACUGUUUUUAAUUGCUUUUUGAGGAAUGAUGGCUUUCCAUCAGACUUGCAGACUUUUGUUUGUUUGGUAUUCUUUGAAAGUGUUUGAAAAUGUGGUUUAUGUGGAAAAAUCAUUUAAAGCAGAGCUUGUGUCUUCAAAUGUUUUGGUUCAUGCACAGUGUUUCUUACAAAUGAAGAAAUGUGAAACUUUUACUUUAAAAAACAGGUUGUGGAUUAAAAAAUUCUUACAUAAAGUAUAGUUGCC